AUUCGAAACAAAAAGUGCCAACUAGAUGCCAGGAGUUUUCACGUGUCACUUGAUCACUUUCCUCGACUUUCGGAAAUGGCGGCUAGUUUGGGAUACAAUGAUUCGGAUGUUGUAAUUGUUGCAGCCGGAAGAACGCCAAUAGGAAACUUAAAUGGUUGUAUUAGCUCUCUUAAAGCGCAUGAACUUGGCGCCUUGGUCAUUCGAGAAGUUUUGGCGCACGUUAAGAUCUCCCCAGCCGACGUGGCUGAGGUGAUUAUGGGACAGGUUUGCACUGCUGGUGUGUAUUGAAGAUAUAAUCUCUUAUUUAUCAAAUUGCAGUUCUUUUGUGGCUUGGAGGAUGUAACUUUGUCCAUUAUAUGUUCGUUCAGAUUUGCAAAUUACCCACUCCACCCCACCACCCCCAACCAGGCGCUCAGGAAAUAGGUGGGGGGGGAGGGUUACGAGAAGAACUUGUAAAUAAAAUAAAAAUAAAAAAUAAUAAAAUAAAAAAGGGUCAGGGUGGGGUAAGAUGGGCUAUAGGACUCUCAGUUUUAAAAAAAAGAUGACUGUCAGACAAAAGUUUGCUUAAAAUUUCAAAUGAUGAACAGAGUUAUUGAUUGAUUAUUUGGCAAAACAUUAAAAUUUAUUUUGUAAAUGAUCAAAAAAUUUAAUCCAAUUGAAACUGUAUUUAUUGAAUCAAAUAUUACUUGUCAAAAAUUGACACACAGGUGUGUUACAUUUGUUGGUACAUGAAUCACAAAGUAACAUUUACUAAUUUAAUUUUGCUGUCAGAGAGCAAAAGAAAGAUUUUAAUAGUUGUCUUCUACUAUUUUACUCUGGCUGGUUUUUGUAAUUUCAACAAUAGAGGCUCUGGAAGGGUUGCAACUGAAAAUUUCUGAACAUAAUUUCAACAUAUCCUUACUUGUCACAGAUUUUGUCAAAUGUGAAAAGCACCUUUUUUAAUGGAGAUGGUCAAUCUUUUACUCUGUUGUGGGUUACCUCAUGCAGGGCAAGGCCAAGGUCCAGCACGACAAGCAGCAAUGAAUGCUGGUAUCCCAUCAUCUGUUCCAGCAUAUGGUGUGAACAUGUUGUGUGGAUCUGGUUUAAAGGCUGUUGCUUUGGGAUACCAAGCUGUUAUAACUGACAAGUCAGCUGUUGUUGUUGCUGGGGGUCAGGAAAGUAUGAGCCAGGUGGGGUUUUGACCUCAAUAAACCCCUAAAAAAUGCUUAACCCUUUACAUCCUAACAUCAGUAUGCAUAUUCUCCAUACUGUCCUUCAAACAUUUCCAAAGAGGCUGACAAGGAGAAUUUGUUUAACAGUCAAGAGCUGCUUUAGUUGGUGUUCAUCUCUUCUAUACUCGUGACUUCAUGUUUGAUUCAGGGGUGAUAUAGUAAGGAGAAAUUAGAUGCUAGUCACUCCUAGGGGCUAAAGGGUUAAAGGUUUCACACACACAUUAUGAGUGAGAAAAAGAAUUCAAUAUAUUAUAUAGCAUGCAAUUUGAUUUGUCUAGUUGUGAUUCUCUAACCUCAAAUGCUGGGAUUUUUUUCCAUAUACAAACAACAUGCUUGUCUGCUUUCACUUGACCUUCUAAAGGAUUCAUAUAUUUAAUUCCCAUCAAACCUUUCUUUGACAGAAAAAAAUCAAAUAUGGUUUCAUAUGUUGACAUCAUUAUUUGCUUCAAUAAGUCACCCUUCAGUUGAUUCUUGUAGGUUGAUAUUAUUGAUUUGUUUCAAAAUUUUAUCUCUUCAGUAUAAAGUUGGACUGAUUCAAAUGAAACUAUAUGGGCCUUGGAUUAACCCUUAAACUUCCAUGAGUGACCAAGAUAAAAUUUCUUCCUAUAUUAUUGAUACAAUUUUAAGCAAUAAAAAGAGAAUACCGAACAAAAUAUAUAAAUUAGGGGAUUAAUUGUUAUUUGAUCCAAUACAAAAUUAUAAGAUCUGACUUUGAAAGAAUUGUGUAGCAGACAGUAAGGAGAAUUGCUAGUGAGAUCUUAGGAGUGAAAGGGUUAAAAAGUCCUGUAAAAGAAUGUUGUCGGUGGCAGUGAUUAAAAUUUCUAUAACCUUACCAGAAGUUGUCAUGAAGGUCCAGUGGAAAGUUGUUUGUCAGUCCAAUUUUAUGAGUCUUAUUAGUAAACUGAGCUUAUUGGUCAGUUUUGCAGUGUGUUGUUUGUCUUGGGGGGAGGUGGGUAUCUGUCAGUUGUCAUUGAUUACUUAUAAAGUGUGAGUAAAGUAAGGGGAAUAUGUUUUGUGUCAGGUGAUGAUUAUUAUAAGUAAUUCAGGUAUUUUGAUUUUUACAGGCCCCUCAUUGUUGUAACAUAAGGUCACCAAUGAAGAUGGGUGACACUAAACUUGUGGAUACAAUGAUGCUUGAUGGACUUAUUGAUGCCUUUCAUGGCUACCACAUGGGAAUAACAGGUACAAGGGGUUUUGAUGCUGCACAAAGUUACAUUAUCUCAUGAUUCAGUUGAUUUCAAAUCACAUCUUAUGGUAUAUUUGUCUUGAGGGUAUAAUAUUUACCAUAGCUUCAGCAGCAUGAAGUAAGGAGUGUCAACUUCACUCUAGUACAUCAGCAAUUAAUCGUUAAUUUUUUUGACAAUUUGCUGUUACCCAUUUAUACUUCAAGGCAUUGUUAGGUGCUGUGAAGAUUAAGUAUCUGGCCACAGGUCUCAAGCACAACAUUAAAACCUUAGCCAGGACUCAAAUCCAGACUUCUCAAACCAAAGUCCAUUUUCCUUUAACUCUUUAACUCUCAAAAUUUGAUUGUUAGUUCUCCAAUCUUGAUGUUAGAUCAAGAUAACAACUUCUAUCUGAUAAGUUUGAGUAUUCUCUUUACCUGUUUCCUGGGUAGUAUGUAGAUAUAAGUGAAUAGUAUUCACCAUGUCUCACUCAUGAGUUUUAAAGAGGGUGUGACUAUUAUAAUCUGGAAUGAUUCUCUUGAACAAUUCUCUUGAACAAUUCUCUUACCAAGUAGCAAUAAGCCUUGAAGAGGCAAGCUUUUGGCUGGGCCUUGAAGAAGCAAUCUGUGUUUGUGUGUUUUGCUGCAUGUCACCUUGCUGUGCUAAAGCCUGUGGUUUUGCUUUAUUAACAAGGGCCAUCAACUCUUUUCUUUAUAUUACAGUCCAGCCAGUGAAAGAAUGACACUUGCUACUAAAAGAAUUUGAGUGAGUGAGAAAGAUGAUGAUGGUUCUGGUUGUGGUUGUAAUCUUGCCACUCCACGGCCCACCCUUGGGGCUUGGAUCCUUUGAACCUCCUUUCUUCUCCUUUUCCUCUCGAACUCUUCCAUUGUGUUCAGCAAGUUUUUUGCCAGCUGCAACAUGCUCUGGGUCCUUAUUUGGUUUCAUCUUAUUUUUAUCAGUUGAAGUCACCUGUAUGAAGCCUGACUGAAGGCUUGCCCCUGCAGGCCCUGGCAGAAGGCUGGCUGGUGCUUCUUCAGUCUUAAGUUCUUUAUCAUUCAUUUUACUUGUUGAUAUAUAAUUUGUAAGUUCUUAUUAAGAAGUUAAUCAGUUUCUUCAUAAAUACUAUCUAUUUCCUUAUCAUUGACCAAGGGUACUUCAACAUUUUUGGCUGUGAGAAGAGCAGCACUUGUGAUUGCCAUGUACUUUCUGUACUUCAGACUCAAUCCACCAGGAAUCAUUCCAAAUUCUCUCUUUACCAUGAAGUUAUUGCUCAAGUCCUUCAGAAGUUUUCUUUCAUCAACAAGGACAAAAUGAGCCAAUACUUUACAUAAGAGCUGAAGGAAUGUAUAAACUAUUGCAUCGCAAGUCUUUGAAGACAAUGAAGUUUCAUAUCUCUUGAAGUGCUUCUCAACAUCUUGUUCAGUAAGCUUCUUAACUUAAUCCUGGGUGAGAGCUUCACCAAUCAUUUCCUUUGCUUUACCACUUGCAACAAGAACAAUGAGCUGCUCUCAAUGAUAGCCGCUACACAACCUGGCCAAAGGCUCUGAAUCACUUGCUGAUUCAGCUUUGAGAAUACUCAUAACAUCUGUGAUUGCUGCAGCUUUGUAUGUUAAAUUUCAAAAUUUAUACUGAAGGGAUGAUGAAGUGAGAAUAUGAGACAUGAAUACUUCUCACUCUUGAGCUUUGUUAUCAAUUCUUUCUUUUCAUCAUUAAAUAAACUGGUUAUUUUGCUUUUUGUGUUUGUCAUCAAUUUAGAGGUCAACAUAGUACAAUGUUAGUGAAAAUAGAAUAUAUCAAAAUAAGUAACAAAGUGCAUUCUUACUUUUGUUGUAGCUGAAAAUGUUGCAAAACAGUGGCAAGUUACAAGAAAAGAACAAGAUCAGUUUGCAGUUGUUUCUCAAAACCGAGCUGAGAGUGCUCAAAAUGAAGGGCAUUUUAAAGAAGAGAUUAUUAAUGUUACUGUGAAAACAAGAAAAGGUAAAUGGAGUUAUGUUAAAUUUGUUAGUAUUGUGUUAUUUAGCCUUCCCUUUUAAAGGUGAAGUCUUCCCCCAAGCUAUGUAUGUGGCCCCUCCAGUGCAAGGUAUCCGACCAACUCGCCCACAGACCAAUUUGCCCAUGCCAACUCGCAUGAAAUCACUCAAAUAAGCCAAGCUCAUUACAGAAUUAGUCUUGUUUUAAGUUGAAGUCUGAUGUUUUAUGUAUUGAUGAUGAAAUAAUUGAAGUUUCAACAACAUUUCAUUGACUUUAUACCAUUAAGAUACAAACCAAAGUGUUCAACAACCAGCAUAUGGUAACAUACGAAUACUUCGAUGUUAUGGACAGAAUUGUGGAUUUUUCCAGUAGGAAAGCUUUUAUUUUAUUUAGAUCUUACAUUUCCUUGUUGUUGUACAGGUUGUGUUAUAUUUUAAGCCAAAGAAUCAAAGCAAUUGUUCUGGGAUUUGGAUCUCAUCAUCUAAGUGUUUGAACACUCCAUUUUGUUAAUAUCUGUGAAUAAAUGAAAAUCAUAGAUAUGAAUUACGGAUUAAUGAUUGGAUUUGAGAAGGACCUUUGCAAUGAGGAAUGCUAAUAAAAGGGCUAUGGAAAAGUAAUUUUAAGAGUGGGUGAGUUGGCAUGGACAAGUUAGUCUGUGGGUGACUUGGUUAUAAUUCCAGUUACCUCCAAUAUUUUGUCAAGCUUCCCUGGACACCAAGUCUCAUAAAACUGUCAAUUUCCCAAGCACUGUCAGAGUAAAGUAUGAAAGUAUUUAUGUUUUGCUAUAAUGCAGAAGUUAUAUACUUUAUUUUAGGCCAAGUAUGGUUAGUGCUUAGGUGAAUUAACCGCCAUGACAACAAAAUAAUAGUCUCUUUAUAUUUCAUUUACUAUUAGUGUAAAUGUACUUUCAAAUACACCAGCCCUGUAAGUUUGCAUUCAUUUGUUCUUAUCACCAACAAUGGUAGUCAUAAUAGCAGAAUCCAUGAAAACCAGAGGUUUAUUCUAAUUUAAACUUUUUUUUUCAUUUCUUUUGUUAGGGACAAUCAAUGUUACAGAGGAUGAGUUUCCACGUCAUGGCACUUCUAUGGAAGGUCUUUCUCGUCUCAAACCAUGUUUUCUUCAAGAUGGGACUGGUUCAGUUACAGCUGGAAAUUCCUCUGGCAUCAAUGAUGGUUCUGCUGCAGUUGUGCUAAUGUCAUAUGCCGAGGCUGCCAGGAGAGGUGUGGUCCCUUUGGCUCGUAUAGUUUCAUGGGGUCAGGCUGGUGUUGAACCUGCAGUGAUGGGCACAGGACCAAUUCCAGCAACAAGAAAAGCUGUAAGGAAACUAUGUUUUUGUGACAGUCUGGCUCAGUAAGUGACUCACUGGCUGACUAGACAACCAUCUAUUAAGCACAUGGAUAAUUGAUUGUUUAGCCAAUUGACUAAUUGACUGACGGCUUGAUUGGUUUAUUGAUUGCUCACUUGCUUGAUUGAUGGAUUGAUCAGUCUUUCAGUGGGUUGCAUUGUUUUUAUGAUGUGAAAGAAAGGAAAGGAUGUUUUGUUAACAUGAAAUCAGAGGAUGAUUAAAAAUGUUCAUUUAUGCUUUGGACCUUUAGUUGUACUGAAGGGGGGCAAAAGGUGAAGGAAUGAGGAGCACUAUGGUUGGGAAAUCAUCUGGAAAGCAAAAAAGAAGUGUUGUGUAUGGUAUUAAAGAUGAGGAGAGAUGUAAGUUUUGGAGAAAAGAUAAAGCAAACAAAACAAAGCAAAGCAAAAAAACAUUACCUAGAGUGAGAACAGAGGUAAAAAACUUAAGGUAAAGAACUUUUCUUUCCCAUCCUCCCUACCAGUAAGAGGAUUACAGCUGCAUUACUUUUUAAAAACAAUUUAAAUGAAGAUGAAUGUUUAUAAAAAAGAAACAUUUCCUUUGUUUUGUCUUCCAUAGGUUCAAAAGGCAGGAUGGAAACUUGAAGAUGUUGACUUGUUUGAGCUGAAUGAAGCAUUUGCAGCACAGUCUUGUGCUGUUGUGAAAGAUUUAGGGCUUGAUUCAAAAAAGGUACCAAAUGACCUUUCAAAUUCUUUGACAUUGAUAUUAAUUAUGAAAACAUUGUACAGGUUCAUGUUGUGUAGUUGCGUCUGAUUAACUUUUUCCUUGUGCCAUUAAUUUCAGGGCAUAAUUGAUUGUUGAUUUCCUUGGUCAUUCAUCAUUUCAUUCAUUUAUCCUCCCAUACCGUAAUCUACUAGAAAUCGGGGUUUUCCCAACGGAAAAAAGUGCUACCCCUCUCUUUUUUCCAGCUUGAUUGCUGUUUCUAUAGAGUACUCAAAACCCAGAGCUCUACAGGUGAUGAGAAACAUUACUUGGGAAAUACUUGGGUAGCAUGAUAGUAAGACAUUCCAAGGUGAUCAACUUCAAUUUUUUGAGGGAGCUACUGUAAGCAGUCUAAGUGUCAGGCUUAUACUGGGUAUGAAAAGGAUUAUUUUUUUCAAGUUACUACAAUGUCAUCUUACUAACAUUUGGGGGGCAAACUUGGUUGUUUGAUAUUUAUGAGUUGAUUAUUCGGAUCAAUGUCAGCAUCUGAACAACUGUGUACCUACCCCUCCCCUAACCCAACAUAAAUCCUAACUCGAUAUCAGUUGACUCUUAUUGGGUUAGGGGAGGGGUAGGUGUGCAAUUUCUCAGAUGCUGAUCUUGAUCUGGUUCUUCCUCUUGACAAAUAGGGAGGUCACAACAUUUGCAAACCCCCCCCCCCCUUAUCCAAACUGCGACUGUUUGACCAGUGGUUAAAGUUCUGACUUAUUCUUGACAGGUAAAUAUCAGCGGCGGUGCUAUAGCUCUUGGCCAUCCAAUAGGUGCAUCAGGAUGUAGAAUUCUUGUGACAUUGUUACAUGGCUUAAAAAGAACAGGAGCAAGAAGAGGCGUGGCUGCCUUGUGUAUUGGUGGCGGGAUGGGAAUUGCUAUGUGCGUGGAAAGGUUAUGACAGUCUCAAUGAAAGGAAUGAAUGAUUGUUUGGAAAGAAUAAUUUUGUACAAAGUUGCAUAUUUUUGGUCCUAUUUCUCCGAGAUUUUUCCCAAAAUGGAUCACAAUUGAAUAUCUGAACUUAGCUCUGGGAGAUCAAAGACUGAGAUGAAUCGCUCUGGGAAAUUACAACACAUGGAAAACAAAUUACAGUAAGAAGACGCUCAACGUGCUUUUCACGUUAUUUAAAGUAGGAGUUGAAAUUUCCUAGGUGAUAGUAGGCUUUUAACCCAUGAACUCCCUGAUCAAAUUUUUAAUUCUCCUUACUGUCAACCAUACAAUUCUUACAAUGUUAGUUCAGAGAAUUUAGUAUUGGAUUAACUAAUUAUCCCCAAAUUAAUAUUUUUCUUUUUUCUCAUCACUUAUCUGGUUGAUAUUGUAUAGUCAUAGUAGGGAGAAAUUCCGUCUUGGUCACUCACGGGAGUUAGAGGGUUAAAAAGAAAGCAUAGGCAAGACCAUGGAAUCAUGAAGUUUGAUGUGUUAACUCGACAAGGUAUUAACACUGUCUUUAAAAUGCUAUUUAUUGAUGUAACUGCGAUAAGAUUUUUAUUGAGAUGUAUUUGAGAGCAAUUUUCAAUCGAAUGUCGAAACCAAUCAGGGAUUGAAUUAAGGGGGUAAGUUUCUAAAGAAGCUGUGGUGCUGUGUCGGUAAGAGAGUAUAACAGGGUAAUUCAGUAUUAUCAACUGAGUUGAUAACGGAAAUUGGCAACUAUAAAGAAUUUUAAAGCUGACGUUUCGAGCGUUGGCGAAUUACGAAGGGCUAACGCUAGAAACGUCAGCUUUAAAACUCUUUACGGUGGCCAAUUUACGUUAUCAACUUAUAACUAAUCAGAUGUUAAAAUUAAGUCAAUUGCGACUUUGUUACUUGCGUUUUCCCGCCCUUCCAGCAGAUAGCUUGUUUAUUCUUCGAGUUCUCACAGGAUUCUUGUGAUAUUUUCGUUUGUCUUUAUCGAUCGUUUUGUUGACAUUGGUUUGUGAUUUGCCACACUGGCCGGAAAAGCGCUCGAUGUUUGAGAUAACAGAAGAAUCCCAGAGGAGUUUCUUCGCUUAGUCAUUCGAGCUUUAUGGUGAAUUGGCUUUAAAAAGAUUGAAAUAGUGAAACAAUUUAUGAAAAAUGGUUUGCUAGAGUAGAAAAGUGUCAAGAGAUUAUAAUAUUCCCGAAAGGUACAAGGAUUGCCAAGGAUGGGAAGAAUGACAGUGGAAUGCAAGCGAUCAACUUGAAUUUAUCAAGUUGAUCAGGUUUCAAGAUGCAGCAAGAGUGACACUGUAGCUUAGAUUAGGGAGUAGUCCCUCUUUUUCAUCGAAGUGUGCCGCACGAGUCAUAAAAAUAAGCGAAACAAUAAAAAUUUGAUGUUAGCUAAUUUUUUUUUCAAUCGCGCGACGCAUUUCGCGGAAAGACAGGGACUGAUCUUAGUCUACCGUAGCUCCGCCGUUUAGUAGUGUGAAGUUUUCGAUCUCGUCUUGUAAAUCUACGUCAAAUAAAAUUAGAAGCGACUUAUUGAAGGAAAAAAAGGCGGUAAGGACAGUCAUUUUAGUUUUACUUAAGGUAUUUUAAUAGCUUAAAAUUCAUCGCUAUGACUUCUAGACUAGCACCCCAUUCACACCAAAACAUGUCUUACAGCUUUUUGUUUAACAUGGCUGAAUAUUGUUUUCUUUAUAGAGGCUGCGUAAACCGAUGUUUGUCGAGCUAAAAUUUAGCACAUUUAAAAUAAAAAGUUAGUGACUACUUGAAACCAAUGGAAAAUUCAGUUUUUCAAUUCCCUGUUUUUGAUUUUCAUUCAGCUAAACCUGGUUUAACUAAACGUGUUUUGCUGGUGUGAACGGAAUAUAGGUUUUGUAAAAACUAAUCCAGUUUGGAAUAAUACAAGUAGGUAGUUGUUUCACAACACUUUCAAUACUUCAAAACCAUGAGCAGUCCAUUUCAAUAGCGUUUAUUUAUUAUCACAAUUCAUCCAUAAAAUAUCUAGUAUAUCAACUUAAACAUAUACAAAGGUGCAAGCACAGCUUGUAUGAUAUAUGCAUAUCGAUGGUGUUAUUUACACAGGAACCAUUUUGUGGUUCUUACUUAUCACCAAAGUUACUUCUCUGAAGUAUAGAUCAGGAUAGAGUGCUACUUUUAUGCCAG